UGCCUUAGUUCCCGGUCACCUGAGCUCCUCGGCUACGCGGCUGCGGUAGUUUUGCAGAUACCAGCCCUCCUCGCGUCGUUUCUCGUCACCUCACCAUCUCUGCUUGCUUGUCCCCUCCGCCACCUCGAAACCUCCAAAGGCCUAUUCUUUGCCACUACUCUUUUCCCAGCUGCGGGCCGAACCGGGCCGAAUUGGGCCACUGGGGUGUGGUUCCUGACCAUGGCGUCCCUCUUCAAGAAGAAAACCGUGGAUGAUGUAAUAAAGGAACAGAAUCGAGAGUUAAGAGGUACACAGAGAGCCAUAAUCCGAGAUCGAGCAGCUUUAGAGAAACAAGAAAAACAACUGGAAUUAGAAAUUAAGAAAAUGGCCAAGAUUGGUAAUAAAGAAGCAUGUAGAGUUUUAGCCAAACAGCUUGUUCAUUUGCGGAAACAGAAAACAAGAACUUUUGCUGUGAGUUCAAAAGUCACUUCCAUGUCCACACAAACAAAGUUGAUGAAUUCGCAAAUGAAAAUGGCCGGAGCAAUGUCUGCUACAGCAAAAACAAUGCAAGCAGUUAACAAGAAAAUGGAUCCACAAAAGACAUUGCAAACAAUGCAGAAUUUCCAGAAGGAAAACAUGAAGAUGGAAAUGACUGAAGAAAUGAUCAGUGAUACACUUGAUGACAUCUUUGAUGACUCUGAUGAUGAAGAAGAAAGUCAGGAUAUUGUGAACCAAGUCCUGGAUGAAAUUGGAAUUGAAAUCUCUGGAAAGAUGGCCAAAGCUCCAUCAGCUGCCAGAAGUUUGCCAUCAGCCUCCACUUCAAAGGCAACAAUAUCUGAUGAAGAGAUUGAAAGGCAACUCAAAGCAUUAGGAGUCGAUUAGACAAUGGUCAUACUAUUUUUGCUUAUUUCAUAUUCAGCCUGGCACAAUGCAGAUUCCUUUUACAAAACAAGUUUAUUUUGCA